CUUUUGCUGAAGACAAUUAUGCCCUGAAUAACAAUAUUGUUGCCAAAAGUGAUAUUGACAUUCCAAGUGACUGUGGUGCCCCCAAUAACUUUGGUGCUACUAAAGAGCAUGGGCAUUUGCAAAAGGCUGAUUCGCAAGUGUCAUUGUUAAAUGCACUUUUUGACCUUGAAGUAUCUGGUUCAAAUCGAAGUGAUGGGUUGUCAACAGAAAUAAAACUUCUUUUAAUAUUAGAUUCUUCACAAGUUAUUGAAUAA